UUUUGCUUUGUACUAAUGGGGGUGUCGUCUGUAAUCUGAUUUAGUCGGGCACUAACACUCAGAGAGGAUCGACACAAAGUGCAGAGGUGUAUCAGUAUCAGUGCAUUUUAGCCAGCAACUUUGUUACCACACAACAUGGCUUAUGUAAUCAAUCAGUCUGCACCUCCGCCUGUGAUCAUCGAACAACCUCCACCUCCUGUGAUAGUCCAGUCUGCACCUCCGCCUGUGAUCAUCGAACAACCUCCACCUCCUGUGAUAGUCCAGUCUGCACCUCCGCCUGUGAUCAUUGAAAAACCUCCACCUCCUGUGAUAGUCCAGUCUGCACCUCCGCCUGUGAUCAUCGAACAACCUCCACCUCCUGUAAUAGUCCAGUCUGCACCAGCCGUAGCAGUGGUCCAGCCUACUGGUCCUCUGGUGAUGCAGGCUCCUAUGAAAUCCGUCCCCGCAGCAACGACGUGUACUUUCUGCCAGCAGCAGAUUGUCACAAUGACUCGACCCGUCAAUGGACUUCUCACCUGGGUGAUUGCUGGGACGCUCUUUUUCUUCUGCAUAUGGCCAUUCUGCUUGAUUCCUUUCUUCAUAACGUCCUGCAAGGACAUCGAACACACCUGCCCCAACUGCAAGAAUGUCAUCUACAUCUACAAACCGAUGUGAGACGUUUCACACAGGAGAACCUGGAGAACAUCAUAAACCCAAAUGAAGGCUGUAGAAAUAUGUAAUUAAGAAUAUGUAAUCAUUAAAAAAUUCCAUUUAUUGUUACAAAAAAAGGUAUUCACAGAAACAUGAUUUUUUUUUUUCAGUUUCUGAGUUUGUUUGUCGUCUGUACACAUUCUCAUUUGUGGAAAAUGUAAAUAUUUUGAAACACAUUUCUCUGUUAAACUUCCAAUAGUCAGUAAAUGAACUUUAAUUUGCUGUUCAGA